CAACCCAAAAGUUGAUUGCAACCCUAAAAGUAGACCCCAUAUUCAAUCAAUUGCAAACCCAACUUAAAGGAGUGUUAAAACUACUAUUUAGCCCUUGUGACCAAACAAAAAAACAUAAAGUCAUUUUACUGUUCUGUCCUUCGUAAGUCUACACAUAACAAACAUAGUCUACAUAUCCGUAGAUGUCAUACACGGUCUACAUUGUCGACUUAAUUUGUAGUCUACAAUGUAAUUUAAUCUAGUUAAUUACAUUUAAAAAUAUAUAAAAUUAUUUUUUAUGAAAUUAUUAAUUAAUCAUCAAUGUAAAUGUUAAUAUGAAGUUUAUAAACUAAAUUUGUAUAUAAGUGAACAGCUAAAAAAAAUAUAUGUUGAUUUGGUAACCAUGUGAGACAAUGUUUGUGGUUUAGUAACAAAGGUUACAUAACAUAACAUGUUAUAUCUUUAGAGGUUAGAUCUUUAGAGUUAGAUUUUGAUUGUUUUUUUUGUUUAAUUAACAUAUUAUUACUGAGUAGUUUAGAUUUUGUAAAUUUGAUUUUUGAUACAAUAAUUUCCUAUCAAACUAACAUAUAGGGUUUGAGUUUCGUGGUUUAGGGUUUGGGUUUUGUGGUUUAGGGUUUUGUAGACUUACAAUUCAGUCUACUGUAAUAAGUGUACAAAAAGUCAUUUUUUCUUCUAUAAAUUGAGUUUAUGAAUAAAAAAGUAAAAUCACACAUUAUAACUAUUAAUAAAUAAAGAAAAAAAUUUAGUAUUUCAUAUAUAAAUUUACUAAAACAACAAAAUAAAAUAGGAAAUUAAAAUAUUGUAGACUGACAAAAAGGUAGACAAACAAAGAAGUCUACUCUCUACGAUUUUAGCCAAACCGGAGUCAACCAAUUUUAAUUUUAACCAAAUCUACUUCAAACCAAACAUUUUUAACCUAACCAGAAAAGUUACCCAGCAUAUAAAUACGAUUUCCUAAGCUUUUUUCUAUUAAGAAAACCCUAAUCCUGCCGCCAUCGAUGAAGGCGAUUUCCGGGGAGAUUUCCGGCGAACCCUAACCACGCCGCUUCGCGAACCCUAACCACGCCGUUUCCGGCGCUCAACCUCCUCACCGUCUGUUCCGUCGGUCUGUAUCUUCUCUCAACCUCGUCAUCGGCUGCUCCGUCUGCUCCUGGGAGAUUUCCGGCGAACCCUAACCAGGCAGCCGUUUCUCUCCGGCGGCGAUUCUCUACUCUUGUUGGCGAACGAACGGUGUCUCUGCCUCCAAUCAGUCGCACGGCUUCUACUCUCGCUGUUUCAUAUCUCCGCCCCCAAACUAGUCACCAUCCACUUCGUCAGUCCCAUAUCUUCUCUCUGAUUUUAGACGGUGACUUCUUCUCACGUUAGUGGCGUUUCAUAUCUCCGGCGAACGAAAGGAUUUAAAAUGGAACAGCUUGAUUUCCCACCAAGGCAAUUUACUGUAGGGCAGGAGCCAGUGCCGGCUAAAAGCAUUGGCUACUACAGUAGUAACACAAGGCUCUUCUCUGCUCUUCGUGAAGCACUCAAUGAAAAAGAAUGGGAGGAGCUCAAAGAGUCGAAACUGGGAGUGUUUUUAAAGUUCUACGAAUUGGAGUUUUCAUGGGCGUCUAGGCUGGUACACUAUAUGCUCACAUUUCAGCUUGACUGCAAGAAGAAGUAUGAGUUGUGGAGUCUUAUAGGUGUUAAACCAGUUAGGUUUUCUCUGAAUGAAUUUGGAGAGAUCACUGGUCUGAACUGUGAGUAUGUGAAGAAUCUUGAGCAUCCUUUGGUUGAGGUAACUGAUGAAAUGAAGGCAUUUUGGGAGCUGCUGGGAGUGAAUUUCGAGCGUGGGCCAAGCAUUGAUGAUUUAACUACAGCGUGUGCUAGGUGCGAAACAUGGUCUACAGAUGAUCGAAAGCGCUUAGGUUAUCUAGCCAUCUACGCUGGCUUCAUUGAGGCACAAAGAACCACGACACCCACACGGGCUGCCCUGGCUAGGUUAGUGAUGGAUCUUGAGGUUUUUGAAGAUUAUCCGUGGGGAAGAGUAGCAUUUAAAGGCUUGAUGGAUUCAGUGAAGAAGGCUGACCUUACAAAGACGUCAUACUACCUUGAUGGCUUUGUUGAGGUUCUUCAAGUCUGGAUCUACCACGCUCUCCCUGAAUUCGCAGCUGGUUACGGAGAUCCUGUGGAAGCAGAUCCUUUGGCAGGCACCCCGACUCCACCUCUGCUUGCCUUCUUAGGUGGCAAAGGCCGGAAACAUGGCAAGGAAAAGUUACAGAAACAGACUACCAUUAACACAUGUACUGUGAAGGAUUAUUCUGAAAUGUUUCCUCUCUGGGAUGAUGAAGUGGAAGAUAAAAAGGCUGAUAACAUUAUCGAGGCUAUUUUUUCCAGUGGAUGGUCAUGGAACCAAGCUCACUGGCCUGACACUGGAACCAAACUGUGGACAAGUGUGAAGGUUGAGUACAAAAAGGUGAAGACAAGCAAGAGGUCACUGUGCUCUGCUCCCACCGAGUCUGAGGAAGAAUCACCACGCAAGAAGGCUCGUGUGUCCCCUGGCCAGGAUACCUUGAAUGCAGAGAUAAAAGUUUGGCUCACUGCCAUGGCUUCUAGUAUGGUUGAAGGAUUGGGGAGAUGUGAGAGUUUGUUGACCACACAGGGCCGCAUGAUUGAGAGCCUUGCAAAAAAGGUAGAAGAUAUGGAGAAGAUUGUGGGUGGAGAGAAUUAUGAGGAUAAAAAAACUGAGGAAAACAAAGAUGAGGAAGAUGGUGGCAAAGAUGAGGAAAAUGGUGGCAGUGAUGAUGAAGAAGGUGGCAGAGAUGAUGAAGAAGGUGGCAAAGAUGAGGAAGAAAGGAACGAUGAGGAAAGCAGUUCUGAAGCCGAUGAAGCCACUCCCAAGGAAGCCAUUCCCGAGCAAGCCACUCCCAAGGAAGCCAUUCCCGAGCAAGCCACUCCCAAAAGAGGCAGACCGAGAAAAGCGCAAGCUAAGAAAGGAUCUAAAGCUGUGGAAGCCUCUCCUCAACUAAACAGACCAAAGAGAGGCCAAGCUAAGCAAGCCACUGACAAAGCCACUGUGGUUAGUAACAAAUCAACUCCCCAAAAGAAAAGAGGCCGUAAAACAGGGAAAAAGAAGUAACUUGUUUAUUUUGGAAUGUUUGAACGUUUUUUUGCUUGUUUUCACUUGGAAUGUUUGACCUUUUCUCCUUCUCGUUUCAGCUUGUUUUCAUUUCAUGUUGGCUUGUUUGGUUUUUCUGCAUGCAGCAGACU